CGGAAGUACAGUAAUCCUGUACAAACUGAUCAUUUUUAGGCAUCGUUUCGCCUGAAAGGACCCUAAUGUGGAUGUAAUGCGGGUAUAAAUGCUUUCAGGGGGUUAACAGUGACACGGUGAGGGCUUGUGUAAGUUUCUCUCUUUGCGGUUUCGAUUAUGAUGAAGCGAACACGAAAGCGAAACUCAGAGCCCGGUAUUUAAAGCUGCGGCGGAGCGUCGCCCGGUUAUACAGCACACAGGAGCGACUGUAUUGGAGAUAACCGCUCGAGGACUUGACAGCUCUAUUGAACCAUGGAGGAGGAAAUCCAAAACAGGCCACAAGCACAGCAAAGACGAGAUCAAGAGCGCGGUUCUUUAAGUGGUAGAUUAAGAGAUUACAGAAGAGGAGGUUCAGGAGGAGGACGAGCUGGACGAGCUGGAAGUGCCAGAAGAGGAGCACCAGGUGGAGAAGAUAUAAGAGGAUGUGCAGGCGGUGGACCAAGUAUGGGUGGUAGAAGUUUAAGUGUAGGAGGAGGUGAGAGAAGAGGAGGUGGAGGAGGAGGUGACAGAAGAGGAGGAGGUGACAGAAGAGGAGGAGGUGACAGAAGAGAAGGUGGAGGAGGAGGUGACAGAAGAGGAGGUGGAGGAGGAGGUGACAGAAGAGGAGAUGGAGGAGGUGGUGACAGAAGAGGAGAUGGAGGAGGUGGUGACAGAAGAGGAGGAGCAAGAGGUGGACCAGGUGGAGGUGACAGAAGAGGAGUUGGUGCAGGUGGAGGUGGAGGUGAGAGGAGAAAAGACACCAGGUUGGAUGCAUCAAGGGAAAGAGGUAGAGUGGAAAGUGCUCAAAGAGGAGAAAGAGGUGGAGGAUAUGGGCAAAGAGGAAGAGGAGGCCAUGGAAGAGGGAACAGCAGAGAUGGUAUCCCUGAGGUACGUAGACUUGGAUACCAUGCACUGGAGGAGCUGCUAGAGAAAGAUGCAUCUGUGGUGGCCAUUACGCUCUCCUCUAAUGCGGGUCUGAAACUUUUGCUGAGGGACACGAUCAUGCAGCAGGGCCUUAUACAGCUGCUUUGCCAAGUUCUCUGUAAAGCUUUUCAGUCUAAGAAUGAUCGCAGAAUAGUGCUUCAUUUAGCUCAGGAGGUGAAGGACUCUGGCUUCUUCCAAACUGUGCUUCCUCACUAUCUGGCCGGAAUGAUGUCUGAUCAUGUCCCUGCUCGGAGACAACAGUAUCCACAGCACCUGGACAACAUUAUAAAUCUCCUGUCUGGUGUACUCAGCAUGUUUCCAUCCAGCUCUAUCCGUUCCAUCUCAAUGUUGUUGGCUCUCUUGAAACCAGUGAUCAACCAACUGCGUGCUUCUGGUGUAGACAUUCGAAACACGAUUGAUGAGGAUCUGGAGAAGGUCCAAGGUAUGGCAGAUCAUCUCCAAGAGAAAGCAAGAGAUGGGACAUUAAGAUCAGACAAUUACACCAUUCUUAUCGGCAAUGAUAAUACUCCCGAAGCAGAAGAAGACUUCAGAUACAUGACUAUCUACCCAACUCCUGAAGAGUUCCACCAGGAAAAGAAACCUUUUCUGCGGGCUAACAUCAUGUCACAAAGUUACCCCAGUGUCAAUAUCUAUCUGGAUACACAUUUUAGGCUUCUGAGAGAGGACUUUGUAAGGCCAUUACGUGAUGGUAUCAGGGACUUGCUCAAAAGCCAGCAUGAUGAGCCACUAAGAAAGAGACACUUUGAUGACAUCAGGGUCUACUUUGACACUCGAUUGGUCAUGCCUCUUUGCACUUCUACAGGCACCGCCUACAGAGUGCAAUUUGACCCACAGCCUCUUGAGUUUGUUCGUUGGGAGAAUUCCAAACGGUUGCUGUAUGGGUCUCUGGUCUGCUUGUCUAUGGACAAUUUCAAAACGUUCCUCUUUGCUACGGUAUCUGACCGUGACCCCAAAGACCUGAGAAAAGGCCAGGUGCAGCUAAGUUUCUCUAGAAACAGUCGAGCUCAACUGGCCACCAUCCAGGCCUCUCAUUCCUUCCUGAUGGUUGAGACCACUGCCUACUUCGAGGCCUACCGCUAUGUCCUGGAGGGGCUUCAGGAACAAGAAGAGGAUGAGCUCCCCUUCCAGAGAUACAUUGUAGAAUGUAACCCAGAUGUCCACCCACCAGCAUACCUCAGGACAAUUGAGAAAAGUUAUGAUUUGGCCUGCAUCGCUGCAGAGGAUAAUAAGGACAGUAUAAAACCAUUUAACCUCCUCAACGCUGAUGCUUGGCCAACUGAGGAGCAACUAGGCCUUGAUGAAAGCCAACUCCAAGCCCUUAAACUGGCUCUCACCAAGGAGCUGGCCAUCGUACAAGGUCCACCAGGCACAGGGAAGACAUAUGUGGGGCUAAAAAUUGCCAAGGCUCUGUUGCAGAACAGUAAUGUGUGGUCUGCUAAUUCUCCUAUGCUGGUGGUUUGUUAUACCAAUCAUGCCCUAGACCAGUUUCUGGAAGGUAUACACAGUUUCUUGGAGAAGGGCAUUGUGAGGGUUGGUGGCCGCAGUAACAGUGAGAUCCUUAAGCGCUUCUCUCUGCGGGAGCUGACCAGAGAAUCAAACUUUCGCAAAGACCUGCCAGCACAUCUCAGAAAAGCAUAUUAUGAGAUCCACAAGGAGAUGCAGGAAGCACAAAACCAUAUAAAGAAACAGUCAAGUUACCUCGAGUGCAGUCUACGUGGAGUAAUUAAUGAGCAGUUUCUGCAAAAGUACAUAUCUGAUGACCAUUGGUUCAGUCUGAAUCAGCAGCCUGAGAUGCUGGGUGGAUUUGCACUUGUUGGAAAGAAGCAGUCAAUGGUCAUGGAAUGGCUUUGCCUUGGGGCGUUUCAGCAGCAAACUAACAGUGGUGAGGCAGCAGAAAAUGAUGAGGGGGACCCAGGAGAGGACGAGGAGCUGUUGGAAAUAGAUGAAGAGGCAGCUCUAAUUGAGGCUGAAAGAAUCCUGGAGGAUUCAGACCCUAAGGACCGAGAUGGCCGUGAACGCAAGAGACAGGAGGAGACCAUAACAGAACUAUCUGAGAUCAUGCUGGCCGUGAACCUACAUGAGGCUAAUGAACAGCCUUCACAGGGACAGGAACAAGCACAUGGUCAAGCUGAUCAAGAAAUGUGGCAGAUGCAGCGUCACCAGAAGAAGAAGAUAAAGCAGAUGGUCCAGAAGGAGUUGAAAAAGAGUGAGGCCAUGAGUGAGGAAGAAGAGCGGCAAGUGUGGAACGUAUGGCAUCUUAAACUUAAAGACAGAUGGAGACUUUACCGCCUCUGGGUGUUGCGGUAUCAGAUUGACCUUCGUGGGAAAGCCCUCCAGGCUGAACGAGUCUAUCAGGAUGCCGCAGAGCGUCUUACUGAAAUCCGCCGCCGUGAGGAUCUGUGUGUGCUCAAACAUGCCAAAGUCAUUGGCAUGACCACCACUGGGGCAGCCAAAUACCGACAGGUCCUGCAGGAGCUCGGGCCACGGCUGGUGAUUGUGGAGGAGGCAGCUGAAGUGCUGGAGGCCCACACCAUUACCACACUCAGCCGAAACUGCCAGCACCUCAUUCUAAUUGGAGAUCAUCAACAGCUGAGACCAAGUGCCACAGUGUAUGAACUUGCCAAAAACUUCAACCUGGAGGUGUCUAUGUUUGAAAGACUUGUCAAUGUGGGAUUUCCUUUUGUCAGGCUUAACUACCAGCAUCGUAUGAGACCGGAAAUUGCCUGUCUUUUGACUCCUCAUAUCUACUCUGAGCUUCAGAACCAUGAGUCUGUACUGGAGUACGAAAAUAUCAAGGGAAUUCUUACAAACAUUUUCUUCAUUGAACACAAGUCCCAUGAGGUGGAAAUAAAGGAUGGACGAAGUCAUCAGAACGUUCACGAAGCCAAUUUUGUGGUGGAACUCUGUCGAUACUUGUUGCGUCAGGACUACCAGCCCUCUCAGAUUACUAUCCUCACCACCUACACCGGGCAGCUCUACUGUUUGCGCAAUCUCAUGCCCUCAUCUGAGUUUUCAGGGGUCAAAGUUGCCGUGGUUGAUAAGUAUCAAGGCGAGGAGAAUGAUAUUGUCAUAUUGUCAUUGGUACGCAGUAAUCCGGAGGGCCGGGUUGGGUUCUUGCAAAUACCAAACCGUGUUUGUGUAGCACUUUCUCGUGCCAAGAAGGGACUAUACUGCCUUGGAGACAUGGAUAUGCUCAGUAAGGUAAAGCUAUGGAGUAACAUACUUCACACCCUGAGAGAGAAAGGUCAGGUAGGACGUUUUUUGACACUAAGCUGUCAGAAUCAUCCAGGAACACAAACCCUUGUGUCAUCUUCCAAGGACUUUUCAAAUGUCCCCGAAGGCGGGUGCAGCAAGCCCUGUGAGUACCGAUUGGACUGUGGCCAUGUGUGCAUUCGCAUGUGCCACCCUUAUGAUGCCGACCACAAGAAAUACAAGUGUACCAAAACCUGCCCCAAAGUGCUGUGUGAGCUUGGGCACAAAUGUCCUAAAAAGUGCUACCAGGAGUGUGGUAAAUGUGAAGUACGUUUAGAGAAGGUUGUUCCAAAAUGCCUACACAAACAAAAAAUGCCCUGUCAUCAGGAUCCAGAAGAAUUUGUCUGCAGGAUUCCUUGUCAGAAAAAACUGAGAUGUGGACACCCAUGCCAGGCCAGCUGUGGUGAGGAAUGCACUGUGAAUUGCAAUGUACUAGUUCCUAUGGCGUUAAAAUGUGGGCAUACUCAGGAAGAACCAUGCAGCUCCUCGAGGAAUUUGAAGUAUAUGCCGCCCUGUAGAACCCCAUGUGACGCAAUUUUGAAAUGUGGACAUUCCUGCUCAGGGACUUGCCACAAAUGCCAUCAAGGUCGCUUUCACACAGCUUGUAAACAUAAGUGCCAGCAUGUCCUUCCCUGCUCACACAAGUGCCAUGUGCCUUGUCCAAAAUCCUGCCCACCGUGUACCCUACCUUGUCAAAAUCGUUGUGUUCACAGCGUGUGCAUGAGGAAAUGUGGAGAGCCUUGUGUCCCUUGCAUGGAACCUUGUGAGUGGCAUUGUCCACACCAGAGCUGUGGCAAACUCUGUCACGAGCCAUGUGACCGUCCACCAUGUUCAAAGAAAUGUAAAAAUGUCUUGCCCUGUGGACAUCCUUGCAUAGGUCUUUGUGGAGACCCUUGCCCAGAUAAGUGCCGCAUAUGUCAUCGUGAUGACGUGAUUGAGAUCUUCUUUGGUAACGAAGAUGAGCCAGAUGCCUCCUUCAUACAGUUAGAGGACUGCAGGCAUAUCAUUGAAUCUUCUGGCAUGGACCGGUACAUGGCCAUGGAUGAAGAUGAGGGAGCUGAUCAAGAUCAGCGUGCUAUCCGGUUGAAGGUGUGUCCUAGGUGUCGAACCCCCAUCCGUAAGAAUGUGCGCUAUGGCGCCCAUAUUAACCGCAGCCUGGGAGAAAUUGAGAAGGUGAAAGAACAGAUCAAUGGUCUGGAGUCUGACAUUCAGGAUAAACAAAACAAUCUCAAGUUGCUUUUAACAAAGCAGGACAACUUUAUGGAACAAUUUCCUGUAGAGCAUUUGAUGGUCACUCAAAAGCUACAGAAUUUCAGCUUCAGAAGUCUUCUAGACCUCUGGUACCAGGAGAACUUGAUAAUGUUCCUGGAGAGGCUUGGGAAGCUAAAGAUGCAAAAGGAUCACAUGUCUUUUCCCAUGGGUGGUUUAUUUUCACUACGCAUUACCGAAUGCCUCGAGUUCCUGCUUGACAGAUUCCAGAGGUUCUCCGAUCAGCAGAUUGAGGAUAUAGAACGUGAACUGAAGAGGCUUUCCUAUCUAGCUGAUCUCAAUGUGCGUUGCAGUAUGGCCAAAAACAGUGUGCUGGAUGUAAAAGUCAAUGCAAAGGUGACACAGGCAAGACAGAUCCUGGAGGAGACACAACCUUUUACUGAAAAUGAUGAAUUUAAAGUGAAGGAGAUUUUUAAAGAGCUGGAAAAUAAACUUCCAAUCAAUGGUUUGGGGAUUUCUAAUGAGGAAAGGGUGAUGAUUGUAAAUGCCAUGGCUCUGCGAAAAGGACACUGGUAUAAGUGUCCUAAUGGGCAUGUGUAUGCUAUUGGAGAUUGUGGAGGUGCCAUGGAACAAAGCAAGUGUCCUGACUGCCACGCUAAUAUUGGUGGAAUCAACCAUACCCUCACUGUGGGUAAUAAUGUAGCUGGAGAAAUGGAUGGAGCACAACAUCCUGCUUGGUCAAAUGCUGCAAAUUUGAUCGAUUUUAACCCAAGGGAUAUUUAAAACCCUUUGUCCACCCUGCAAAGAAAUGGAAUAAAAUAGCUAUUUUAUGUAUGUAAUCAUGGAUUAUCAUUUUAAAGACAUUUAAAAAUCUCAUCAUCUAUAAAACCUAUGUAUUUCUGUCAAUGUAAUGCACUUUAUUUUAGUUUAGAAGCACAUAUGUUCGUAUAUAUACUCUGGAUUCUAAAAAUACAAUCACUGUAGAUGAAAAAAACUGCCCUAAUAAAAUUCUAAAGUACA